UCUUACAAGUGGCAGAGGAAGGAGAGCCAUCUGUAGGACUACUAAGAAGCAGAGCCUCCGACUCCAAGCCAGGCCGUGCUCUCGAGGAUGAACGGCGUCGUGUGGGCGGAUGAGGCCGGCGUCGAAGAGGACGCCGAGUCGUGGACGAGAGCAAGCGCCUCCGGCGGAGUAAUGGGGGAUGGCAAGGACGAGCUCGGCCUCCCGAGCUUCAAGACCAUGCUCGACGAUGAAUGGUACUUUGGCGCCACCACCGCGGCAUCCGCCUCCAACCUGGUGCCUGCCGCGGCCGCCGGUCACCACCACCCCUUCGACGCCUUCCAGCAGCAUCCGGAGCUCAAAGACGUGAGCUUUCCCUCGAAACUUAAGCCGCAUGAGACCUUGCUGCUCCCACCCGUCGAUGACCUAGAUCAAAACAUGCCGCCUUUUUUCACUCCGAAAUCUGGCUUUUCCUCUCUUUUUGGUGCGGUUUGUUCGAGCCCAUUCGACACCGGGCUUGAUCUUGGGUGCGACGCUCCGGGGUUUCAUUCGGCUCCCCACGUCUCCGCUUCUUCUGUCAUGAUGAAUAGAGCCGGUGUUGGCGGCGGCGGCGGCGGUGAAGGGGAAGCAAUCAUGGGUUUCGCUGGAGUCGGACCGGGCAACCAACUUGACUGUGCUGAUCUGAGCUCAGCGGCCGAGUUCUCCGGUGGCCGUCUGCUUCCAACGUCCGAGCAAUGUUCCGGUUCCAUCUCCACUGCUGCCUUCAGUCCCAUGGGCUUCGACUGUUUUGAAAAUUCUCCAUUUCUCAAUGGGUCCAAAGUUUUGAGGCCAUUGGAGAUCUUCCCUUCGAUGGGAGCGCCGCCGACUCUGUUUCAGAAGCGGGCCGCCACCGCCGCUGCUGUCCGGCAGAAUUCGGGCGUGGGUGGCGAAAAUGGUGCCUUUUGGGGGCCGUGGAUCCCGGAAGGAGUGGGGCAGGGCGACCGGGGGAAAUUCACUUUGGAAGAAGAGAUCGAGAAGAUUAGCAAAGGGGAUGAGGAGUACGAGAUGGACGAUGGAAGCAUGGAUGCGUCGGGGUUGAACUAUGACACGGAUGACGGUGCAGCAGAGGACGCCAAAGGCGAUGAGACAACAAAGGAUGGCGGCAUAGGGAGCAGCUCGAUUGCCCACAGCACGGUGACUGGUGGUGGAGACCGGAAGGGGAAGAAGAAGGGCCUCCCUGCCAAGAACUUAAUGGCGGAAAGGAGAAGGAGAAAGAAGCUCAACGACCGGCUUUACAUGCUAAGAUCUGUGGUUCCCAAGAUCAGCAAGAUGGACAGAGCUUCGAUACUUGGUGAUGCAAUUGAGUACUUAAAAGAGCUUUUGCAAAGGAUCAACGAUCUUCAUACUGAACUAGAGUCUACUCCUUCAAGUUCUUCAAUUCCUGGUACUAGUGGUGCAAGCUUUCACCCUUUGACUCCAACACUGCCCGCUCUACCGCGUCGUGUGAAGGAGGAGCUUUGCCCAAGCUCUUUACCAAGCCCAACUAAUCAACCAGCAAGGGUAGAGGUUAGGCUACGAGAAGGCCGAGCAGUGAACAUCCAUAUGUUCUGUGCCCGUCAACCUGGCCUAUUGCUUUCGACCAUGAGGGCGCUCGAUGGUCUAGGGCUUGAAAUCCAACAAGCUGUCAUAAGCUGUUUCAAUGGAUUUGCCUUGGAUGUUUUCCGAGCCGAGCAAUGCAAAGACCCUAGUAUUCUGCCAGAAGAUAUCAAAGCAGUGCUCUUGCAUUCUGCAGGGUUUGACAGCACAAUGUUGUGAGCGGUAGCAUAACAGCGAUAACAUGGAAUCUUGAGUUUCCAAAGCUACACUCUCCUUAUUACACUGCCGGUCUUUCUCGUCGUGCAAUAAUCAUGUACAAUUCAAUGUUCGUUCUUAUUGUUGUUUUAGCUUGCAAGUAAUAUAUUAUUUUGUAAUCAGACUAUGCUUCAGAUUGAAUGGCAUUUGUGGCUAGAUUUCAUUUAAA